CCAUAGUAAUUUGGGCGGACAAGCAUGCAGGCCCUCUCCCUUAGGCGUAUACUUCCUAACCCAUCUCCCUCCAUCCCAAUCUCGUAGUCCCAAUCCCGUAUCACCAUGCCUUCUCCCCCCCAAAUCAUCCACGCUUACCGCACCCUCUAUCGCACCGGCCUCCGCGCCCUCAAAUACCACCUCCACCACCGACGCGCCCUCCUCACCCACCUCCGGCACGCCUUCCGCACGAACCCCCCCUCCGCCUUCUCCCCCCAAAAGAUCGCGAACACCGUGACGUUCCUGCGGGUGGCGGCGCGGCGGCAGCCGGCGAGCGUGGAGUAUCGGGUGUUGGUGAACUUGCUGAAUGCGGGGUAUCAUCGGGAGCGGCGGCUGGCGAAGGGGAAGGCGAUGCCGGUAGUGGGGACGGUGGAGAGGGGGGUGAGAAUGCAUAGAGUGUAUGAGGGGUUGGAUUGGGAGGUGAGGAUGUUGAAUGAGAGUAUGGGGAUGUGCUUGCAAUGAGGUGGACUGGGCUGGAAGGAAAGGGUCGUAUAUACCCCUCAAAUAUGUAUCAACACGCGUUGCAUUGGAUAGACAGCAUCAGGCGCUUUGGGGUCCACGAGAUACCCAACAACCGUCUUAGCCAUCUAUGUAACUCAUUAAAUAAUCCCCUCCCUCACGAAUCUCUUCACCAGAAGUC